AUGGUGCUGCAUCGGACUCGCUCCCAGGAGGACGUGUAUGCCACCCCGGUGGCUGCAACUCCAUAUGCCGCGUACCCACCCGACCUUGCCGUUCAGCAGCUUGGUCAACAAGUGCGACAUGCGGGGGAACAACAAGCAUUGCGACUCGGCUCGGUGCAAGGAGCUGUUGGUGCUCAGGCCCAGCAGACGUACGAGCAGUUGAUGGCACUUCACCAGCAACAGCAAGUACAGGCCCAGGCGCAGAUGUCCAUGAACCAGCAGCUCAUGGCAGAGCUUGCCGAGCAACGACAGCGCCAACAAGAAUUGAUGGACCAGCUAGCCGCCCAGAUUGCGACCGCUGAGAGCCAUGAGCGUGGACUACGUGCCGCUGCUGCGUCGUCGGUCCAACAAGCCGAUGCGAUCGAUGAGAUGCGUCGUCGGACAAGUGCGCGAUGGCAUGCGUUUACGUCGGCUGCUGCCCCCGCUCAGCAAGUUUGCUCAAACCAACCUGGGAUCCAGAUGAUUUACGGAUUCCAGGAAGUGCCCAAGGCCCCGACGUUCAAUGGGAGUACCAAGGUGCAGAAGCGUCGGUUUAUGGAUCACGACCUGGAGGACAACAAAUCAUCCAGAUGCCGCUGA